AUGGCUGCGUCUGGCUCCUUUCCUCUGCUGGUACAAGGGUCCUGGGGCCCGGAUCCCCUGAUGAACUUGAGCACGGAGGUGCAGCAGUACUUCCAGAGCACUAAGAGAUCUGGAGGCGGAGACUGCGAGAUCAGGCAGGAGCCAGGGAGCCCACCCUGCUUCAAGGUGCUCUUCUUCCGGGAGGACGUUCAGCAGAGAGUCCUAGAGAGAGACAACCACGAGUUAGUAUGGCCUGGAAAAGGAACAUUCAAGCUAACUGUCAAAUUGCCCACAACCACAAACAAAGUCCACAAUGUUCUUGAGGAAGAAAUUCCAGUGAAGGAAUCCAAGACUCAAGUCCAUGCCAAAGAGCCAGAUGUCAUGAAAUUUGUUGCUGAUUGUGCCAAGGUCUCUGCUGAGAAACAACUUCAGCUUUCUCCAAGACCGCUGGAAGUCACAAGAACAAUCAGGGUGGAAAACCUGCCACCUGGUGUUGAUGUCUGUGAAUUAAAACUUGUAUUUGAAAACCCUGAUAAUGGAGGAGGAAGCGUUACCAAAGUUGAAUAUUCUCCUGAAGAGAGUUCUGCUCUGAUUGAAUUUUUGGACAGAAAAGUGGUCGACACCAUCAUGACCAAGCAACUUCAGCUCAAUAAAAUGCCACUCUCUGUGCUCCCAUACUACCAAUCCUUGGGCACAGCCUUGCAUGGAAAGGAGAAGCCUCUGAGCAAGCAUCCAGCACCCUUCAGAGAAUCCUUGGACAUUCCCUUGUGGAAGUUCUUGAACAAAAAGAACCACCUGAUCGAGGAGAUAAAUGAUGAAAUGAGACGCUGCCACUGUGAGCUCACAUGGUCUGAACUCAAUGGGGAAGUUACCAUCAGACCCGCACCCUCCUUGAUCCAUCAAGGAAGACAGAGUAUCAAGAGCUGGCAGAAAAAUGCUUCCUCAACCUUUACUUGCAUCAGGUCUAAAUAUAAAGUCUCCUCACUUAAAGUGCAUCCCAUCGUGUGGGACACCAUAAAAAGUGACUUAGAAGACAACAAGGUGCUGGUUGAGUUUGAUACACUGCUGGAGAUGGUCACUUUGGUGGGGAGAUCAGAGGAUGUACAAAAGAUGGAGGCACAACUCAUAGAAUUAAUAGAUGGAACCACUCAAAGAAUUAAAAGGGAACAGCAAAGUCUGAAGGAAAAAGUGUCCCUUUCUCCAGGGAGAUUUUCACUCUUGUGCCACAGUGGUGCAUUGGAACAUUUCCGCUCACAAGACCCAAAGGUGGAGAUUCUCUAUGACAAAGCCUCUCAACACAUGGUUAUCAAAGGGCUUCCUGCAGCUGUGUAUAAGAUGAAGUGUGAAGUCCUGGAAAAGGUGCAUGCCAUGGCUCAGAAACACAUUGAGGUUCACCCUGAGAUUUUCCAGUUUUUACAACAGGUAGACUCUGCAGAAUUCUCAAAGUCUCUUUUUAUAGCACAGAAAAUUCUUGCUACUUAUGAGUUAAAUGGUCCCAGUGUUCUCUUAAACAGUUGUUCUUGUGAAGUCCUAUUAGAGGCUAAAAAUCAUAUCACUAGAGCCUUAACUUAUCAGCGCAUAGAUGUUGAGAACAAAGAUGUUUUCAAUGACAGGAAAUGGAAAGAACUCACUAGCAGAUUGGAUAAGCAACAUAAUUCCUCCUCAAAAACUGUCAUAAUCAAUGAGUUAACAUCAGAUGCCAACUCUGAGGUCAUCGUGGCCGGCUGUGUGAGAGAAGUAAAUGAAAUCCAUUAUUCACUUUUCAACUUUCUGGACAAAAAAAUGAUCAUAAAGCGGAUAAUUGAAAUCAAAUCUUCCUUAAUUAUUGACUACUUACGGAUAAAAAAGAAGUCAUUCUGGCAAAACAUAAGGAAACAAAAAGUGCAGGUAGAUUUCAAUCUAGAAAAAAAUGAAAAAGGUCCAAAAGGAAUUUUACUAAUGGGUCCAAAGAUAGAAGUCCUGAAGGGAAUAAACAUCAUCUUGCAAGCCUGGGGUUCUCUCUGUGUUAAAAGUACCUGCAUUGAUCAACCAGGAGCCAGACAGAUAUUCCGGGAGAAAGAACGGUUUUAUACUACUGAAGCUGAAAGGCUGUUUGGUUGUUUUCUUAACCUACUGGAAAAUGAAGGAAAGGAGGGAGGGGGUACAGAUGGGAAGAAAUGCUUCUGUCAGGUGAAAUUGGCUCCUGGAGUGUCCCUGGUUGUGCAGCAGGGCGACCUGGCAGGGUUUCCUGUGGAAGUGGUGGUAAAUACAGCCAAUGAAGAGCUCAAGCUCAGUGGAGGCCUUGCUGCCGCUCUCUUAAAAGCAGGGGGCCCUGAGCUCCAAGCCGACUGUGACCAGAUAGUGAAGAGAACUGGCAAGAUCCUACCUGGCCGAGCCACCAUCUCCAAGCCAGGCAAGCUCCCAUACAGACACGUGAUCCACACAGUCGGGCCCCGGUGGAGUGCACAGGAGGCCCAGAGGUGUGUAUCUGAGUUGAAGAGCGCUGUGGAAGAAUGUCUUCGUUUGGCUGAAGAACACAAUUGUCAGUCCAUUGCCAUCCCUGCUAUUAGUUCUGAAAUCUUUGGCUUUCCCUUACCUCGGUAUGUGGAGACCAUCGUUUUGGCUGUCAAGGGGUAUUUCCAACACAAGUCAGAUGGAUGCGCCUUGAAGGAAAUCUACCUGGUGGACACAGCUGAGACAACUGUGGAGGCCUUUGCCAGUGCUGUGAGAGCUCUGUUUAAAGACACCCGACCUGAAGCUGAUGCCGCUUCCCUGCCCAGUGUGCCAGCAGCUGAACAGCCCGACUUGAGACAAGAUCAUGGGAACGGACAAGUUCUUUUGUCUCCAGAAGGCCUGAGGGUCCUGUUGGUGAAAGGAGAAGUGCAGAGUGCUGUGGUUGAUGUUGUUGUCAACUCCGUUCCCCCGGAUCUUGCACUAGAUAGAGGAACCCUUUCUAAAGCCCUCUUGGGAACAGCUGGACCAAAACUCCAGGAGGAACUGAACACAGCUGGACAAGCGGUGGCCGUGGGCGUGGGCACGGUUCUCCUCACCAGUGGCUGCAACCUGCAGUGCCAGCAUGUGCUUCACGUGGUGGCUCCCAUUUGGACAAAUGACAGCAUAUGUGCAUACAAGAGCAUGGAAGACCUAAUCAGGACAUGUUUGGAGAUCACUGAGAGCCUGUCUGUAAAAUCCAUUGCAUUUCCAGCCAUAGGAACAGGAAAUUUAGGCUUUCCUAAACCUGUUUUUGCCAGACUAAUCAUGUCAGAAGUGUUCAAGUUCAGUAGCAAAAGUCAAGCUACCACCUUACAGGAGGUUCAGUUUCUGCUGCACCCAGAGGAUCAUGAAACUAUCCAGGCAUUUUCAGAUGAAUUCUCUGGAAGGGCUAAUGGAAAUUUGGACCAUGAUGCCAUUCUGAAGACAGAAGAUACACAAGGUGUCUAUGGGUCUGUGUCCAGCCCUCAGCAGGGAGUGCACAUGAUGAAGAUCGGUCCCAUCACGUUCGAGGUGGCCACAGGAGAUAUCACCAAGGAAGAGGCAGAUGUGAUUGUCAAUUCAACAUCAAACACAUUUGAUCACAAAGCAGGAGUCUCCAAAGCAAUUUUAAAAGGUGCUGGAAAAGAUGUAAAAACCCAGUGUCAACUUCAAGGUAAACAGGGCAAUAGCGGUUACAUAAUCACAGAAGGCGGUUUAUUAAAGUGCAAGAAUAUUAUUCAUGUCAUUGGUAGAAAUGAUGUCAAGAACUCUGUUACCUGUGUUUUGCAAGAGAGUGAAAACCGGAAUUACUCGUCCAUUUGCCUCCCGGCCAUUGGGACAGGAAUUGCUUGUCAAGACCCAGAUAAGGUUGCUGUAGCCAUUAUAGAUGCCAUUGAAGGUUUUGUCCAGAAAGGUUCUGUCCAGUCUGUGAAAAAAGUUAAAGUCGUUCUCUUUUUUCCACAAUUGCUAAAUGUGUUUUAUGCCAACAUGAAAAGAAGAGAAGGAUCUCAGUCUCUCCUACAACAGUCUAAAGAUGCAGCAUCUCUCCAAUUACUAAGUCAGUAUCUCAAAAAUCAUAAUCCUUUUUUUUUGGAAAAGAAAAGAGAGACAGUCACUUUUCAGGUGUGUGGUGAAAAAGGAGAACAUGUGGAAGACAGCCUGUCCUGGAUACAGGCUGAGCUUAAGAAGGAGCAUUGCUCUUACACCAGUGACGAUGAGUUUAUCAAAGACUUUGAUAAAAAGGAGGCCCAGAAAUUGAAUGAGCUACAGAAGAAAUUAAACAUUACCAUAUCCUUGAACCGCAAAAGACCUUUGAUUGAGGUUUUGGGAAUUAGCAGAGAUGUGACUGAGGCUAGAGAUGAAAUUGAGGCAAUGCUCAAGAGAGCAAGAUUGGCCAAAGAACAGGAAGCCCGGGCAGACUAUGUCCAUGAAUUUAUAGAGUGGCAAUACAAUGACAAUAACACUUACCACUGUUUUGACAAAAUGACCAAUCUGCAAUUGGAGGAUACCUGGAAAAAUCACACAAAGACAACUGAAGUCGUGAUUAAUUAUCAGACCUACACCGUGAACUUGAACACGUACACUGCUACGAAUGCAAAUGGACACACUGUGUUUGUUCAGCGCCUCAAGAAACCUGAAGUUGAAAUCCCUGUGAACUGGAUUGACAUGAAACAGCAGGAUUUCCUUGUGGUUGGUCUACAGCCUGGUGAUCCAGAAUAUAAUAAUGUGGCAUACAAAUUUAAUCAGACCUGUGCAAACUUCAGGAUAGAGACGAUUGAGAGAAUCCAGAAUCCAGAUCUCUGGAAUAGCUAUCAGACAAAGAAGAAAACCAUGGAUGCCAAGAACAACCACAUCAUCAAUGAGAAGCAGCUUUUCCAUGGGACAGAUGCCGGCUUAGUGCCCUAUGUCAACCGCAAUGGCUUUAACCGCAGUUAUGCUGGGAAAUGUGCUCUGGCACAUGGAAAAGGAACUUAUUUUGCUGUCCAUGCCAAUUAUUCUGCCGAUGAUUCAAACUCCAAACCAGACAGAAAUGGGAAAAAGUAUAUGUAUUACGUCCGAGUGCUUACUGGACUUUAUGCACCUGGAAAUUGGACAUAUAUUGUACCGCCGCCCAAGGAUCCCCAUAAUCCUACUGACCUGUAUGACACUGUCACAGAUAACGUGUUAAAUCCCUUAUUGUUUGUGGUAUUUUAUGACUACCAGGCUUACCCGGAGUACCUUAUUACUUUCAGACGAUAACCUUUUAGAAUCCUUUGCAGAAAGUAUUACUCACUGACAUCUAGCUAGAUUAAAACAGGUUUCAGCUUUUUUUCUCCAUUAACAGCUUUUUGAAAAUUAAAGGGUGAUUGUUUCUGAAAUAAUACUGUUUCAGACUGUAUUUCAUAAUGGGGUGAAGCUCUCUGGAGAGAACUAACUUUGAGAAUUUAAGUCAGAUAAUUUAGUUACAAGUUUGUGUCCAAACAGUGAACAGACAAAAGAACAGGAAGGGGAGCAUACUGUUAUACUACACCCUAAUGUGAGCUGAACCUUCCAACCCCCCCGCCCCCGUGGUGCCUGACCGAGUGUAGCCCCAAACUCUUUAUCCCGCUUUUCACUGCAAGACAUACCUAUGAUAAAAUGCAAGUUAUCAGUUAAGCACCAUCAGAGGUUAACAACAACAAUAAAAUAGUACUAUUACAGCAAUAACUGUAAUAGAAUUUAUUGAAUGUGGGUUCCUUUUUUCCUCUCCCAAAUACCAUCUUGUAGGUGACACAUCGGAACUGUGGUUACCCAUGGGUAACUGAACCCAUAGAAA